AAAAGAAAAAGUUAUGUAUGAAAAAGAAGCAAAACAGCAAGAAGAAAAGAUUGAAAAAAUGAAAGCUGAAGCAUGUGACGAUUAUGGGAUUAAGAAGCAGGUUGAGAUCUUGCAAGAGUCAAGAAUGAUGAUUCCAGACUGCCAGCGCAGAUUAGAAGCUGCACAUGCGGAUCUCGCUCAACUACUAGAAAAUGAAAAAGAAUUGGAAGAAGCCGAAGAGUAUAAAGAAGCACGUUCCAUACUGGAGUCAGUGGAUCUGGAAGCCUAGAAGUUUUUCAGUACUUUCUUUAUACGCAUUAGCACUGGGUCCAUUCCACAAUUCCGUUUGACUAUGGCUUUGUUACUAUUGUUGACUUGUUAAGGUUCCCUUUAUGCAAAUCAGCCUUUCUCUAACUGCAAGAUGCAUCAAAUAAAGGAUGUUGUGAAACACCUGUGUGUUCCAUGUUCAGGCACAAUAAGAAAUAUUUCCAGUUCACC